AUGGCACCAAAGAAAGACGUUAAGAAACCAGCUGCCCCCGCAGCAGCUGCUCCUGCACCAGCCCCUGCCCCAGCACCAGCACCAGCACCACCUAAACAACCAGCAAUUGAUCUCUCCAGCAUCAAGAUCGAAUUCUCCAAGGAUCAACAGGAUGACUUUAAGGAGGCAUUCCUCCUGUUUGACAGGACCGGGGAAAGCAAAAUCACCCUAAGCCAGGUUGGAGAUGUCAUCCGUGCUCUUGGACAGAACCCAACAAAUGCUGAAGUCAAGAAGAUCCUGGGCAACCCCAGCAAUGAGGAGAUGAAUGCAAAGAAAAUUGGGUUUGAAGAGUUCCUGCCCAUGUUGCAGGCAGCUGCCAAUAAUAAAGAUCAAGGUGGCUUUGAAGACUUUGUUGAAGGUCUUCGUGUCUUUGACAAGGAAGGCAAUGGAACAGUCAUGGGGGCUGAACUCCGCCAUGUCCUCGCCACUCUUGGUGAAAAGAUGAAGGAAGAAGAAGUAGAAGAACUGAUGAAAGGGCAGGAAGACUCCAAUGGCUGCAUCAACUAUGAAGCAUUUGUGAGGCACAUCAUGUCUAUCUAA